AUGAACUUGAAUACGAACCGCCGUGGCCGAUCUACUCACCUUUUCUCAAAUCACGAUACCCCCCAAUCGCCUUCUAUGACGGAAGGCGAGAGGGAUAAGACCAAGGCCCCAAAACCUUCUCCAUACUGGAAUAGGCGCUCGCUGCUGAAGGGAGAUGAGCCGAGCUCGACCGAUAAGGAAGCUCCGACUGGGAGAAAUAUCCCUGGCGCCAAAACUGGGAAGCCAUGGGAUAGUUACAGAGAGAUUUACAAGAUCCUUGAUUUUGAAGGGAAUAUCUCACUUGCCAUCAGCGCUAAGUCACCUCGCCGAGUUGUUAACAUUAGAUCAUUCCCAUCGGUCGAUACGGGGCAGCCCCCUCUUGCUUACUACCACUUCAAUCACAAAAAUAUCGUGUCCAUCUUAGAAGUCUUCAACGAUUCCCCUAGUGGCUUCUACCUCGUGUUUGAGGAAAUGGCCAUCUCGCUACGUCAACUCGUCAACUGCCCAGCCUACCCGAGUGAGCUGCAAGCCGUUGCAUUGCUUCGUCAGGUACGCCCGUUACGGACGAACCGUCGCGUAGCUUACUUCAUCAUCAGACACUAG